AUGGUCUCAGAAGGACCGCCUCCACACGCCAUUGUGCUCGAUUCGACUAUCCCCGCUCCCGACACUGCUCGUGCCCUAGGUCCAAGCCCAGGUGCCUCGUCCAGUACAGUGUCGACAGACGCCGUGAUACCUAGACAAAGAGCCACCAGAUCAGAUUGGCAAGUAGGCAAUGCCUUAUUUGAUUUCCAGAUGAAGUCAUUCCAUACUCCAGAUCAUGGAACAGCUGUUUUAUCUAGCCCUGGUCCGCCGCAAGAGGACAAAGUGCUGGCUGCUAGCCUCAACCCAUAUCGCGAUGGUCGUAUCAGGACAGCGGUGCCAAGCAAGCUUAAGGGCAGGACGAACUUGAAGCAAGGUAACUUUAGUGUUAUGCAUAUGCACAUCCAGAAGCCGCAAAUAACGGAGCGCGACCUUGCCGCCAAGCUUACAAGUGAACGAACUGCUGCUGCUGCCAAACUUGCAAGUGCUCAAGGGUAUCGCUAUCCAAGGAGGCCGCGGCCACCACACACAGCGGCUGCUCGGAAUCUUCCACAUUCUCUCUCAAAUCCCCCUUCAGCAACCGCAGACAUUCACGAGCCAGUUGCUCAGCCUCUACCCCUCGGAACUGUUAUGCCCCAUGAAGAGCGGCGGGCAGGGACGGUAUCUUCACAAGCCAGCACAAGGCUUGAAGAGAAUUCAUUAACGGAAUCAGCUAGUAUGGAAAAUAUUGAAACAGAAAUUCUAGCAGAAUCAAGUGAAGGAGACUUCGCACCCGGAGUCAACCAUGAACAAGAGGACGCUCCAUUUAUAGAAGCGAACUCGGCACAGGACGUCAACAUGAACCCAUCGAACGAAAUUGCCACGCCAAUAGAUCCAACACAAGAGGCUAACAGAGAGCAGCCUAUCAUUACAAAACUCUUGACAACAACUCUUCCACCGAGAGAGGUCAGAGCAGAGCAACAUCGACUUAUUGAACUCUUACGAAAGCUGCACCCAAGUACAGUCGUAGAAACGCUUUGCAGUGCCCUUACUCAGUUCGGCGGUGCCACUCGGCGGCUCCCAUCUCCCGAUGGGGAGUCCUCUGUGAGUGGCUCGAAGAACAGCUCGGGCGAUCUCUUUAUUUCGUGGAUUUCGGAAAUCUUCCCUCCAAACUUUGCUGAAAACAGCACUACCAAAAAGCCAUCGAAGCCCUCAACAGGGAGACCACGAGGUAGGCCAAAGGGGAGUACGAAAAGGAUAGUAGACGCAGAUUUACAACCUAAGCGUACUACCUUCGUUCCCCUGGCUAUGAGGCCCAAUGAAACGGACGAUACGCAGCGUUCAACACUUGUCAAAUGCCCGAAUGCACCACCAGAGGGAAGACCAAAGAAGCACCUCAGAUCCAUCGAUGACACCCGCCGACUCAACCGGCAAACCUGCACUGGUCGUGCCAAAUUAUUCGGUUACAACGUCAAGACGCACGAAGAGUACAGGCAGGCCUCGUGGUCGGCCUAA